CUUCCUGCCACCAUCAUGAUCAUCUCCCAGGACGUCAUCAGGCAUGAUGAGAUGUUCGAUGUCUGCAAGAUCUGGGAGGUUGCAGAUAGGCUGUGCCUGGAGGAAGAGGGGAAGAUGGUCAAUGGGACCAAGGGUAACAUGGAUGAUUUGUUUAUUGACGGAAAUUCCUCCACGGAAGGCCCAGAGGGUGAAGGUACCCAAAGCACUGUAAUCCCUGGUGUUGACAUUGUCAAGAACCAUCAUUUGCAGGAAACCAGCUUCAAAAAGAAGCCUAAAAGUACACCAAAGUGUACAUUAAAUCAAUCAAAGGGAAAUGAAGAACAGAGACCAGAAGGAGUACAGCCUUUUAUGACAGGGGCUACAGAACAAAUCCAGCACAUCCUUGCCAAUUUCAAAAACUGCCAGUUCUUCAUCGGUGAAAAUGUGCAUCCAGAUGGCAGGGUUGCUCUAUUGGAGUACCAUGAGGACAGUAUGACCCCAUAUAUGAUUUCCUUUAAGGAUGGCUUAGAAAUGGAAGAAUGUUAACAAAUUUGGCAGUUUGGAUCUAUCACCUGUCAUCACACUGGCUGCUGCCUUCCAUCCACACAGCAGGACUAGG